AUGGAUUACUAAUUGGACUCAGAAUAAAAUUUAUGCAUUUAUAUUAAAUGUAAUAAUUAUUAGUUUUUCGAUAAGUAAUAAUAUGAUGGCAGUCAAGAGAGCGGUUGCGUAGCUAUCUGUAAUUCUUCUACCUAACAAGAUGAUAAGACAAAUUUGUGCAAAACUCAAUUAAGAUGUAACACUUAAAGACCUUCAUAACAAAUUAUGCAGGAAAAAGUCAUCACUAAAGACUUUUUUAUAUAUCAAGAUGAUUAUUAUGUUGCCUAAAAAGAAGGAUCUCUCUUUAUCUAUAAUAGGACUGAUGUUUCUCUCAUAAAAAAUAUGUAAUUCUAAACCAAUGAUCUUCUCUUAUUUCACAUAAAUGAUAUAGUUUUCAUAAAAGGAGCUGAUUAUUAUUUAUCUAUAUGGGAUAUUAAGAGUGACUCAAGAAAAUCAAUACAAUACAAAGAUAUGAUCUCGUUUGAUUCAAUUACUUCGUUUUAAAGUUAGUAUAGCAUAGCUUACAUUUAACAAUAAGAAUAAAUUUAAUUAUAAAUUGUUUAUGAUGAACUGAAUCAAAUAUUUUCUUUUUCUAAUCCCUUUACAAUAAGCGUUAUCGCAAAAUCAAUUAAAUUUAUUGGCUAAUAUAUUUUUAUCUAUGAUUCAUAAAAAAUUUUAGUUUAAUAAAUAACAGUAAAUUAUGUUGAGAAUAAUCGCUUGAAUUUGUAAAUUUUGAGAUCUUCAGCUUGUGGGGAAAAGAAAAUUAUAUAAUUAUGA